AAAAGGGCCGUCGCCGUCAAGAACAUCGUUUCGCUUUGUUGUCUAACAGCAGCUUUGUUGUUAAUUUACUGUGGAGAUUGCAUUAAAGCAGAACUGACAAAUAUCCAACAAAAUUAUUAACAAUGACAUUAACAAGUGAUAUUGAUUUUAGUAGUAGUGAAAACGUCAACAAAAUUUUGUAUAUAAUAAAGUUUGAAGAGGAAAAUCUCAAUCACAACCUUAAUGAUCUUCUGGCAAAGCAAUGUAAAAUUGAAGCGUAUAUGGCGGGAAUUAACAAAGGUAUUGCCAGGAUGAACCGCAUUAUAAAUGAUACCAAAAAGCUUGACUGCCAAAUAGCUCAUACUGCUAACUUAGUCACGUCAGUAAGCGCAAAAGUGCGGCGGUUAGACUUAGCUCGUAGUCGUGCUUCUGACAGUCAGCAACGUGUACAUGACUUAAUAGAUUUGCAGUUAUGUGGACAAGGCGUCACAACAGCAAUAGUCGAAGAAGAUUACGAAGUUGCUGCUGGCCACAUCAAUCGUUUUUUGGCUAUGGAUUUACAACUAUUGAAGCGAACGGCAGAUGAUGUUCAAGGAUCAGAAAGUUCUAUUACAGAAUCCGUACGAAUCUUAGAAUCGGGAGCAAUUGAAAUGCGAGAAAUAACUGUUCGCCGAUUUGAGGAAGCCGUGAAAAAAGAUGAUUUGGCAUCUGUUGAAAGAUUUUUUAAAAUAUUUCCAUUAUUGGGUCAUCACAUGGAAGGGAUUGAAAAAUUCUCGAAGUACAUUUGCACUAAAUUGGCUGCGAAAAAUCAAAAGGAACUUCGUAAUGCAAUGGAUAUCGCGAAAGCAGAUAAAAGAGUUCAUUUAGCUUACGCUGAUGCAAUGACAUCUUUGCUUGAAAACUCAGCACGUGUUAUUGAAGUCAACCAACCAAUCGUUGAAGCAUACUAUGGUCAUGGAUACUUAUUGGAUAUGUUAACGAUUUUACAGCGGCAAUGCGACGUCGAUGUAAAAAACUUAAUAAACGAGUUUGUAAAAAAUCGUCAAAUCGAUCGGAGGAAAAAACUGGUUAAUGAGAUUUUUUCCCGUAAUUCCAAUUCAUGUUCGGCGACUUCAAAUCUUGGCCACUAUCGUAUGAAUUCUGGAGGAGCAAUUGAGAAGCUAAGUCCAAAGGACAUAGAUGCCACAAUUGUUGAAAUUACAAUAAUGCACUCUAGAGUUGAGUUAUACUUUCGAUUUAUGAAAAGGCGUGUUGCGAUGGAUAUUGAAGAAUGUUCCGAUGAUUGCAAUACUAUUAAUGACAAACUUCAAAACUUGAACAACUUGUUACAAAAUUCGGAUUUGAGACGUCAUGCGCAGGAACUAUUGGGAACAUAUUUACUAUUUGAAAGGUAUUUCAUGGAGGAGAGUGUUUUAAAAGCAAUUGGGUUGGAUGUCCAUGACAGCGGUCAAUUAUCAUCUUCAAUGGUAGAUGAUGUUUUUUUCAUAUUACGAAAAUCAAUAAGACGAUCACUUACAAGUAUGUCUGUCAACGGCACCUGUGCCGUUAUAAAUAAUGCAGCAGCAUGUCUAGACCACGAUUUUGUUAACGCAUUAAAAAGCCACCUACAACAAGGUUAUCCAUCUGGAUAUAUAGAUUUGGCUCAGGCAUAUAGUGCUAUACAAAAUUCAUUACAGCAAGGUAAAAUACAUUCCAGUGACAACGAAAAGGCACGUGUAAAUUUUCUAGUAUAUUUGAAUAAUGCUGAUAUUUCAACGGAAUACAUUGAUACAUUGUGGAGAACUAUGGAACAAGAAAUUGCUGGAGCAUACCCUUCGAUGACAAUGGUUGAAAAACAAUUGAUCGAGAGUUGUCUUUCCGAGUUGAAAUCUGUUCGUGAUACUUUGAAGGCAUGUGUUGAUUUUGGAAUGCAACAACUGAAGUCUAGCGCAAUUAACCCUCGACUACAUCCAUGGGUUGAUCAAUAUCUUACCCAUAAGCAUCAACUGACGGAGGAGGAACUGGCAGCGUACGAGGCUGGUGAAACUUUUGUACAAUUUCUAAUUGUUCAAAUUGAUGGAUUUCUUAACACAUUUAAACCAUGCUUAACGCUACGGAACUAUGAUGCCCUUAUAAGUAUUGUAGCAUCCGAACUUACAACUAGGCUAGAAAAAGCGAUCAAAAAAUGCGUUUUUAACAGACUAGGUGGAUUAGUGCUGGAUCAGGAAGUUCGCGCUUUGGGUGCGUAUCUUGCUAGUGCGACAUCAUGGUCUGUGCGCGAUAAGAUGACCCGUUUGACGCAAAUAGCUACAAUUUUAAAUUUAGAAAAGGUUUCGGAGAUCAAUGAAUACUGGAAUCCGCAGCACUCUUCGGAGCUGACAUCGUGGCGCUUAUCUCAAAAUGAAGUACGAACAAUUCUUACACUGAGAAUUGAUUUUCGAAUGGAGGACAUAAAACGAAUCCGGUUGCAAUGAUUUAUAAACAGACAUCUUCAUAUAUAUAUACAUUUUAUUAAUUUGAGUAUUUAUACAUAAUUAUAUACGCUUUAAUAAA